AAAUAAGUACUUUUGAGUAUGGAGUAUGGGUGUAGAUAAAAUCCUCACUCAUUUCUUCAGUGUCUUCUAAACAAAAAGAAAAAUAAAAUGUCCAUAAACAACUUCUCUCCUGACUUCCAUCAACCUCUUUUCUCUACUUCUCAACUCCCCAUCAUGCUCAACCCCAAAUCCUCCCUCUCCCUCGCCGUCACCGCCGACCAUCUCCCCAUGUUCGAGAAACCCUUAACCCCCAGCGACGUUGGCAAACUCAACCGUCUCGUCAUCCCCAAGCAAUACGCCGAAAAAUACUUUCCCCUCUCACCCUCCGCCGCGGUCGCCACCGCCGCCGCUGCCGCCGGUGACUCUGCCGAUAAGGGGUUGCUCCUUAGCUUUGAAGAUGAGUCCGGAAAAAUAUGGCGGUUCCGUUACUCUUAUUGGAAUAGUAGUCAGAGCUAUGUGCUGACCAAAGGGUGGAGCCGGUUUGUUAAAGAGAAGCGGCUUGACGCCGGUGAUGUCGUCGUUUUUGAACGCCACCGCCGUGACGGUGAUAGGUUGUUCAUUGGGUGGAAAAGGAGGUCGGCACCGUCUCCGGCGGACAGUGCGGUGGCGACGGGGAGUGGUGGGGUUGGCGGCGGUGGAGGUUGGACUAGAAUGUUCUGUUCUGCAAAUUCAUAUCCUUCUCAUCAUCAACAUCGUCAUCUUCCCUCACCGCCAUACCAAUCUUCUUCCGAUACUCCUCAUGCAGAGUCCUCUGUUCAGAGUCAAACAGUGUCGAUUGGGAAUUCAAAGAUACUGCGGCUCUUCGGAGUGGACUUGGAGUGCCAAACCGACAUGUCGGAACCCGAACCACCGUCGUUGCUCAAUGUCGGGUCAAGUUUAAGUCUAUCGGGUCGAGAUCCAACCCGCCACACCUUCUACCCACAUUAUUCUUCUCCUCUUCCUCAUCACAUGGAUUUCACUUUCUCACAAGAUGUCAACCAGACGAAAUAUCAAGGAUAGAGAUGGGUGGAUGUGACGUCCCUGUACUGCAAAAAACCCCACUUUUUAUUUAUUUGUUUAAUUAAAUUCCCCACCACUUCACUUGAGAAAAGUCACCCCAUUAAAAGAAGGUGAAAAUACAGAACAAAAAAAAAAGAAGGGAAAUCCCAGAUUUUCUGGCCGACUUCCCAAGGUUAUGGAUGGAGGGUGUAAACAGAGAUGACGGAUAAGGAUGAAAACGAGUGGGGUCCAAGAUGAAAGCAAAUGGGAAACUAGCUAGGGCCGUUGAAGGUCAGGAAUGAGGAAUCUAUUUUGAGUACUGUUGAGAUUCUGAGUGGAGAUUUUUGAGAGAUUAGGCUCAAAAAUAUGAGUAAUGGAAAAAAGGAGGGAGAGGGUAUGGGGCUGUGUGUUAGUGCUUUUUAUUUUGGGUGGGUGAGGAUUUGAUGGAUCGUUGACACUCCCGCCUUCUACUCCUACUACUAUUUUAUAAGUUUUAGCAAAAUCUAACCUUUCUUUCUCACCUCAUUUAUAUAAAAAUUUACUUCUCA